AUGCAUAGGUGGCACUCUCUAUUUAUAAUUUUAUGUUCAUUUAAAUCAGGCUGUUAAUUCACGAAAUUUGAUUUGCAUGUGAUCGCUGUUCACGAAAAUGGGAUCACAGAUGUCGACUUUGCGACCGCUGGUACCGGUGGGCGGAGACACAUUGAGCCAAGCUCAGAUGCAGCAUUUGUAUCCCCUUCCUCAAAUAACCACGUCCAUAUUUGCUCGGGAGCUGAUACCAGCGAUGGUGAUUCCCAACGUGGGCGGGUGGAUAUGGGGGUACUUGCUCAGCCGUGAAUUUGAGGGGCCUUCUACGUGGUACGAGCGCCUCCGAAAACCAUCUUGGACACCGCCAAACUGGGUGUUCGGUCCAGUGUGGACGGUCUUGUACGGCGGCAUGGGAGCCGCAUCGUGGUUAGUGUGGCGACAGGGUGGUGGUUCGACUGGAACAGCUCGGAUUCCUCUCGUUUUGUACGCAACGCAGUUGGCACUUAACUGGGCGUGGUCGCCGGUGUUUUUUAAAUAUCAUCGCCUUGGUCUGGCAUUUGCGACGAUUUCGGCGCUAUGGAUUAACGUGGCGGCCUGUAUUGGCAGCUUCUAUCCAAUCAGCGAGACUGCGGCAUAUCUGAUGGUUCCGUAUCUGGGUUGGCUGACACUAGCUGCAGCCGGGAAUUUUCGAUUCUGGCGCGAUAAUCCCGGUGCGGAUGGGUUAUAGAAUUACUCUGUACCAUAAUUUUUGGUAGGGUCCGUAUGACAUUUUACUUUUAACAGACCACCCGCUGGAUAGUAAACCGGAUAUUACGAUGGAAAUAAUGACAUUUAUUUCAUUAGAUGAUGUCUUAGCAGGCUUUGCCUUUUGUAAAAUACUGAGUAAAGCACUCAUAAUUAUGGCAGAUACUGUUGUUGACAUUAUCAUU